GGUUUUUUUGUUUUUUUUUUUCCCUCACGCUACUACUCAAAGUCGUCCGCAUCUUGCGCUUUACACUCUUUACCCAGCUGUUGAACUCGAUUCAGUCGGCCUUACGCUCUCUACCACCACGUUCCUUCGUCUUUGUCAAUCUUUCCUGCAGACCUUUGUUUACCAAGGCAUAAGCCAAUAUCUACCAAGUUUUUACGAUACUACCGCAGGCUUUACCCCUAGCUAUCUGUUCGUAUUAUCUAUCAGCUCGACUCCUAGUCCUGGCACAGCCUUCCACGCAGGAACAGACCAGCAGCUUCGCAAGAACCAUCCUCCUCAAACUCCACAAACAGAACAAGAUGCUCGCUUCAAGCCUGUUCUACGGUGUUCUGGCCGCUGUUGCCACCGCCGUCACCGCCCAGACCACCGAAGGGCUCAGCACGACGACCUCGACAAGCACCAUGACCAGGACCGUCACCAUCACCCAGUGCAACCCGUCAAUUACCAACUGCCCUGGCCGCAACACCAGCAGCACCACCGCCGCUGCCCCGACCACCAUCGUGUCGAGCGCCAACUUGACCUCGGCCAUGCCCACCCCGUCCAAGAACUCGACUGGCUACGUCCAGCCGACCCUGUCGCCCAAGACCUCGACCGCCGGUGUGGUUCUGCCAUCAACCGCCCCUCAGCCACCCGUCGCUACCGUGCCUCCUACUGCUGCCGGUACCUCCGUCUUUGUGCAGAGCGGCCUCAUGCUCGGUGUUCUUGGUGCCGGUAUUGCCAUCCUGGCAUAAGCACCCAGCACGGCUGGCUCUCUUGACCUCGACCGGAUUCUUGCUACGGGGCGCACCUGGCGCGCAAACCCACCCGAAGUUGAUGCGGGAUGCAGUUUUUCUCCUGUCGGGAUAGCUGACCAAUCUUGCGCACUUCGCUUCAAUUCUUUUGCUUACUUCACUUCUUCCAAAGAUACCCACCAUUUGUCAAAACACUGGUAUUGUCUUGUGUCUAAUUUAAUUCAUUAGGGGAUGUUUGACGUUUGUGGUUAAUUUGGCGGUCAAUCGUCUACUUUUUUUCUUGAAAUUUCUCUUCUACUUUGUUCCAUCUUUUUUUGUUUGA